AUGGCGGCGUCCGCGAGCCGCCCCCACGCCGGCGCCAGCGAGGAGCCGGCAGCGUACGAGGACCUGCUGCCGGUGAUGGGGGAGCGGCUGGGCACGGCGGGCCUGCUAGCGGAGCUGCGCGCGGGGUUCCGUCUACUGGCGGACCCAGCGCGGGGCGCCAUCACGCCCGACAGCCUGCGGCGCGGGGCCGCCGCCGCGCUGGGCGUGGCCGGGAUGGCGCCCGCCGAGGCGGCCGCCAUGGUGCGGGAGGGCGACGCGGACGGCGACGGCGCGCUCAGCGAGGACGAGUUCUGCGUCCUCAUGAUACGGCUCAGCCCUGGCAUCAUGGCCGACGCUGAGGCGUGGCUCGCUGACGCCAUCGCCGACGAGCUGCGGAUGAUGGAUGGCGAUGGCAUGGCGCCCAUGGAAGACGAUGCUGCUGCUGCUGCGGAUGACGGUGAUGGUGGCGCCGGUGGCCAAGACCACGCCACCGCCGCCGCCGGCGGCCCUGCUGGUGCUCCUUCUACCGCCGCCGGCCGCCGGUCGUCGGAUUGA